UGGAAGCACGCCGCAACACAUUUAAAUAUUGGCCGCAUAUAACAAGGAUUAAACUGACUUGGGAAGCGAAGAUACUUAAAUAUAUAAGGAGAUUAGCACGUGUGCCGUCAAAAGGACAUUUGUGCGUGAAGCCAUUGUCCACAAAACAGCUCGUUGGUUUUUGAAGAUUUAUCGGUGAAAACAUGGGUGCCAGCAACAGUAAGACUACAGUGACCCCCUCAAAGCCGGAGCCCAGUGGGAGAGUGAGGAACGAGCGGGUCUGCCGCCUUUUCGACCCCCGAUCUCCCACCACUGGCAUCGACCGUACACCCAUACAGGUGGGCGUUGCAUCGCAAGGUCCCGUUGAGGUCGCGUGUGAGCGUCCAGCUCCCAUGAGUGACCCCCGUUCACCCUCCCCAGGGAUCUCCCGCACGCCGAUGAAGGAGGUGGUGAGAGCCACAGUCCGCUCCUUUACUCGUCGCAUUGGUAUGCUCCUCCUUAAUGAUGGGGAGGAGGGAGUUAAACUUCCACCUUCCCACACCAUUCCUAAACUCAAAGACCUCACUGGGGAUGUGGAAGGGGAAAUGGAUUCCACUGAGCUCCUUCUUCCCCUUAACCCCUCCUUGGAUCCCAUUACAUCUCCAAACUCAGAUUCAGACAUUGAGGUGGAAAUGGGAAUAGAGGCUAACCAGUUUCUGGAAAAUGAGGUAGACGACUCCCCACCUCUAGAUGUCAAGCUGAGCUCCAGCCUUCUCACUUGCCACGAAGGGGUGGUUUCAUCACUGUCCCUUGCAGGUGAUCUUCAUCUGUCUUGUAAUCCUCCCCUUGACCCUGACACCCUCAACGACCUUGUCGCUGAGGAUGCUCAGUCAGUAUUUCCUGAAGGUACCAGGCCUUCAAGCCCAGAACCUUCCAUCCAUUCUGCACCACUAGUUAACAGUGAGGCUGAAACUUCAACUUGCACAGCAGAAUGCCAACCAGAGACCGAAGUGCCUUGUUGCCCAUCCCCUGCCAGUCAGAUCCAGCCCCCCCAGAACCAGCCUGCUUCUGGGGAAAACAGGAUAAGACUGCCCACCUUUAAUACCCAGAGUCCCAGUCAGGUGGUGUUUAAGCCCCAGUGGCUGGGGGUGGGGUUCGGUGUUGCUGGAGUAAGGGCCAGGGGGCUUCAAGGCCGAGGCAGGAGCGGUGCCUCCCCCCUCUCUCUCCGAAAUGGACAGAACACCGGAAGCGAGAACAGAGGGCAGAUGACCAAACAGAAGCAGAGGGAGAGGUGUGGCAAGGUCUUGGGAGUUGAAGGCCGCUCCCCUCUACAGAUCCUCAAGGAGAACAAUCCCCCUCGUGACCAUGCUUCUCAGAUGAAGGUGAAGAUGACCACUCCUGACAGAGCAAGACGAAUCCUGUCUGUGGACAAGGAGAACCAGUGAUGGGCUCGCAGGCGUGGUCCGCACCCCCAGCCAAAACUGCUUGGAAACCGCUUUGUAGCGCAGGGCAUUCACUUCUCCCAUUGGCCAGCAGAUGGCUUUGCUGGAAUUCACACUAAUCUGUUUUCCUAUUGAUCUUUUGUGAAUAUUGCUGUCUUGUCAUUUUUAUUUGUGUUGUUUUAUAUGUAAAUAAAAUGACUUUAAAAAUUG